AUGUCUGAUCAACCAAGUUCGCCGGCUCCAAGCUCACCAGCUGCUCCUCCAACUCCAACGCAGCCAGACUCUGCCCCACCUAACCAGUCAUCCCCUGCUAGAUUAUUCUAUAAUUCUUCAUCUUCUCAAGGUGAUACCUACGAUACAAAUUCUGGUGCGAGAAGAGUAGGAAGUAGUCAGAAUAAUCGUUUUGGAUCAUCUCCUUUCAACUACCCUUCAUCUUCUCAAAAUCAUUCUUCUGAUAUCAAUGGUAGCUCAGCUAGACCAAAUCUACAUUCUGCUGCUACACCUAGUGCUAACAGAUUUUCUAGUAUUAGAAGUGAAGGGUCUGCAAAUGAUUCUAUCGCUUCUUCUAGUUUUAGAAGAAGAAGAAAUGAUGUCCAAGGUUCCGAUUUUUCAUCACCAAGAAGAUUCUUUUCAGGUGCUCCAAACUCACAACAACAAAGUUCCAGUUCCGAUGCGCCAUCUGAAGCAAAUGAACCAGUUAGAAUUAUUUGGGGUACGAAUGUUAGUAUUCAGGAAUGUGCCAAUAACUUCCGCAAUUUCCUAAUGUCCUUCAAAUACAAAUAUCGUAAGACACUAGACGAUCGAGAAGCAUUCAUCGAUACCACUACAGAUGAAGAAUUGUAUUAUGUAAACCAUUUAAACGAAAUGAGAGAACUAGGUACAACGAACUUAAACCUAGAUGCAAGAAACCUUUUGGCUUACAAACCUACAGAAGAAUUGUAUUAUCAAUUAUUAAAUUAUCCUCAAGAAGUUAUAUCAAUUAUGGAUCAAACCAUCAAGGACUGUAUGGUUUCUUUAGUUGUUGAUAAUCAUUUAGAUUUCAAUCUUGAUGAUAUUGAAACAAAAUUUUAUAAAGUAAGACCUUAUAACGUAGAAUCAGCAAGAGGUAUGCGUGAAUUGAAUCCAAAUGAUAUAGAUAAAUUGAUUAGUUUGAAAGGUUUAGUAUUAAGAACCACACCAGUUAUUCCAGAUAUGAAGGUUGCCUUCUUUAAAUGUAACGUUUGUGAUCAUACUAUGGCUGUAGAGAUUGAUAGAGGUGUCAUCCAAGAACCAGCAAGAUGUGAACGUAUUGAUUGUAAUGAACCAAAUUCAAUGUCAUUAAUCCACAAUAGAUGUUCUUUUGCCGAUAAGCAAGUCAUUAAGCUACAGGAAACACCAGAUUUAGUCCCAGAUGGUCAAACUCCUCAUUCCGUAUCAUUAUGUGUAUAUGAUGAAUUAGUUGAUUCAUGUAGAGCAGGUGAUAGAAUUGAAGUAACAGGUACAUUUAGAUCUAUCCCUAUUAGAGCAAAUGCAAAACAAAGAAUAUUGAAGGCCCUUUACAAGACAUAUAUCGAUGUUGUCCACGUGAAAAAGGUUUCCGAUAAGAGAUUAGAUGUCGAUACAUCUACUGUAGAACAGGAACUUUUACAAAACAAACUAAACCAUGGUGAAGUAGAAUUAACAAGAAAUGUUACAGAUGUAGAUAUUGCUAAGAUUCAUGAUGUUGCACAAAGAGAGGAUUUAUACAAUUUACUUUCUAGAUCAAUUUCUCCAAGUAUUUUUGAAUUAGAUGACGUGAAAAAGGGUAUUUUGUUACAAUUAUUUGGUGGUACCAACAAACAUUUUAAUAAAGGUGGUCGUUACAGAGGUGAUAUUAAUAUUCUGUUAUGUGGUGAUCCAUCUACUGCUAAGUCACAAAUCCUUCAAUAUGUUCACAAGAUUGCUCCCCGUGGUGUAUACACUUCUGGUAAGGGUUCUUCUGCAGUGGGUUUAACUGCUUACAUUACAAGAGAUGUUGAUACAAACCAACUUGUUUUGGAAAGUGGUGCUUUAGUAUUAUCUGAUGGUGGUAUCUGUUGCAUUGAUGAAUUUGAUAAAAUGAGUGAUUCUACCAGAUCUGUUUUACAUGAAGUGAUGGAACAACAAACUAUUUCUGUGGCUAAAGCUGGUAUCAUUACCACGUUAAAUGCUAGAACAUCUAUUUUAGCAAGUGCUAAUCCAAUUGGCUCCCGUUAUAAUCCAAAUCUUCCAGUUACAGAAAAUAUUGAUUUACCACCACCGUUGUUAUCUAGAUUUGAUUUAGUUUACUUAGUGUUAGAUAAAGUUGACGAAGCAACCGAUAGAGAGUUAGCAAAUCACUUAACUGCGCUGUAUUUAGAAGAUAAACCACAACAUGUUUCACAGGAUGAUAUUUUACCUGUUGAAUUUUUGACUAUGUACAUAAAUUACGCCAAAGAACAUAUUCAUCCGGUUAUUACUAACACAGCUAAGACUGAAUUAGUGAGAGCUUAUGUAGGUAUGAGAAAGAUGGGUGAUGAUUCCAGAUCCGACGAAAAGAGAAUCACUGCUACGACAAGACAAUUGGAAAGUAUGAUCCGUCUAUCGGAAGCACAUGCAAAGAUGAGAUUAUCCGAAACAGUAGAAUUAGAGGAUGUACAAGAAGCUGUCAGAUUAAUUAAAACAGCUAUAAAGGAUUAUGCGACAGAUCCAAAGACUGGUAAGAUCGAUAUGAAUUUGGUACAAACAGGUAAAUCUGUCAUUCAAAGAAAAUUACAGGAAGACUUAACAAGGGAAGUUGUAAAGAUCUUAACCGAACACACUUCUGAUUCAAUGAGUUUCAAUGAAUUAAACAAACAAAUAAAUGAACAUUCACAAGAUAGAGUUGACUCAUCUGAUAUAUCGGAAGUAUUAGCCAGAUUAAUCCAAGAGGAUAAGAUCAUAGUCUUAGGUGAAGGUGUGAGAAGAUCGAUUCGUCUAAAUAGACGUGUUUAA